AUGGCUACUACCCUGCCACGCCUGCCGGUCCUUGAAGCCGUUGCGGCCCACGACCCGGCGUCCACCGCCGUGGUCCACAGCCUAUCAGGCCGCUCCUUCACCUAUGGCGAGCUCCUCGGCGACGUUGGCCGCGCAAGGGACCGCAUUAGACACGCCCGGGGCGGUGCCGACCUGGACGGCGAGAGAGUGGCUUUUCUAGUAGAGAACAGCUAUGACUACGUAGUGACACUGUUGGCUAUCAUGGCCGCACGAUCAAUCGCCGUGCCUCUGUCCCCUGCAUUCCCAGUCCCAGAAUUGCAGUAUAUCUUAAACCAGAGUGAAGCAUCCGUUCUCGUCUCCUCCGCCAAGUUUGGUGCCAAGGCAAAGCAGGUCCUGGAAUCAGACCUGACAGCCAGCCCCUCCCAUCUCGAGCUGUCAAAGCAUCUCGGUGGCCAGGGGAAGAAGGAGGAUAUAUCAUGGGACGACGCAUGCCCUGGCAAUGCCGGCAUGAUGCUCUAUACCUCUGGGACUACAAACCGGCCGAAAGGAGUUCUCCUCCCACAAUCAGUCCUCGCAGCUCAGAGCAAAUCCCUGAUCGAAGCAUGGGAGUACUCCCCCAAAGACCGGCUACUCCACGUCCUCCCCCUCCACCACAUCCACGGCACCGUCAACGCCAUCCUCACCCCCCUCCUCGCCGGCUCCUCCAUCGAGUUCAUGUUCCCCUUCAACGCCGACGCCGUCUGGUCCCGCCUCGCAGCCCCCUUCCUCCCCACCAACGGCACCUCCUCCCCAGCACAGGCCAAGCCCAAAAUCACCUUCUUCACCGUCGUCCCAACCGUCUACAGCCGCCUCCUUGCCAGCCACAAGCUCCUGCCCCCCGAGAUGCAGACGGCCGCCCGCACCGCCGUCUCCCCAGAGCACAUGCGCCUCAGCAUCUCCGGCUCCGCCGCCCUCCCAACGCCCAUCAAGGCCUCCUGGCGCUCCCUCAGCCACGGCAGCGUCCUCCUCGAGCGCUACGGCAUGACCGAGGUCGGCAUGGCCCUCAGCUGCGGCCUCCACCCGGACGACCGCGUCGACGCCAGCGUCGGCUGGCCCCUCCCCUCCGUCCAGGCCCGCCUCGUCGACGUCGACACCGGCGACGUCAUCCAGCCGGGAGAGGGCGACGUCGACCCGAUCACGGGCCGCGAGCGCUCCGGGGAGAUCCAGCUGCGUGGACCCACCAUCUUCAAGGAGUACUGGCGGAACCCUACCGCCACGGCCGCCGAGUUCGUCUCCGAUCCGGACGGCAAGGGCUCGUGGUUCAAGACCGGCGACGUCGCCGUUCGUCGUCCCGUCGAGUCGGCCGCCUUUGCUCAGCCCUGGGCCAAGGGCCCCCUGUACUUCAUCCUCGGCCGCAAGUCGGCGGACAUCAUCAAGACGGGAGGCGAGAAGGUGAGCGCGCUCGAAGUCGAGCGGGAAUUGCUCUCCCUGCCGGAAGUAUCCGAGGCCGCCGUCGUGGCGGUGCCAAGUGGUAAUUGGGGUCAAAAGGUCGGGGCUGUCCUGAUUCUCAACUCGGAGGUUGCAACGACCUGGAGUCCCAUGGAUAUGCGCCGUGCUCUCAAGGGCCGGCUGGCCAACUAUAAGAUUCCUCAAGUCAUGAAACUUGUGGACCACAUACCUCGCAAUGCCAUGGGCAAAAUCAACAAAAAGCAACUCGUUAAAUCCAUCUUUAAGGAUGAGCACAGUGAUGAUGAAAUGUAG